AUGACAAGCCGAGCCCCUUGGGAUGCGUGUACCACUCAAUCCACUCCACAAAUGGGCAAUGGAGCUCAAAGCCAUCAUCUCUCAGGAUGGAGGCGUUUUCCACGUGGCCAACAGAUCGGCAGUGGAAGCUUCGGUAGUGUUUUUCUCAGCCACGACACGCUUCCGGGGAGUGAGUGGUACGGACAGUUGGUCGCGGUAAAGGUAAUACAAUUGAAAGCCAUCUCCGACGACGAGGUUGCCCAUGCGAUGAACGAGGUUGCCAUUCUCAAGAACUUACGACAUACAAACGUUCUGCAGUACGUCGACAGCUUUGUGGAUGAUGAACAGCAGCUUUGCCUCGUUACUGAGUACAUGGCAGGGGGCGACCUAUCUUUGCUUCUUCGCGGCAGUGGGGUUUGUGGGAGUAGAUCCGGCUCCAACGAGAAACGGAGGAGUGUCUGUAGCGGUGGAGGAGAUGCAUCCAUGCGUUGUGGGUCGAGAUCCAGUGGGCGCCGGAAUGCAUGGAAGACUACAUCUAGGGGGGAUAAGUCUCCCAGCGAAGAGCAUCAGCAAUGGAUUGAAUCCUUCCGCAUUGUGGAUUUGGUUCGGCAAUGCCUUGAUGGGCUCGCUCACCUACAUGAGUGUGGCAUCAUUCACCGUGACGUGAAGCCGGCUAAUGUGUACCUGACGGAGAGCGAUGUGGUGAAGAUCGGUGACUUUGGUGUUAGCAAGGUCGUCAGCCCUACGGAUCCAAAGCUUGUUACCUUCAUCGGCACACCGUUUUACCUUUGUCCAGAGCUCUGUCUUGGUGAGCCAUAUUCGUUUGGGGCUGAUAUAUGGGCACUUGGGGUACUUACUUACGAACUUUACUGCAUGAAACUCCCAUUUGCUGCUGACAAUGUGCUCGCUCAAAUUCAUGUCGUUACAGAAGGGCAAUACGACAGAGAGGCGCUGCAUUGUGAGCACACUUUUACACCAAAACAACUGCAUUUGUUGGAAUCACAAUACGGCGAUGCUUUUACUCGACAAGAAAAAACUCUGCAUCAGCUUGUGGUUGUUUUGGUGGAGCGGAUGCUUGUCAUGGAUCCGAUGGAACGCCCUUCAGCGGCGCAAUUACUUCGCGAGUUUUUUAUUUUCAACCCUUCUCGUUGCCCUACGCCUGCGGCAACGCCCCCUCCAUCGCGGCUUUCAGCAGCAGAGGUUUGUGACUUAUGGGCCACCAACGGUAUCGCUACUCAAACCAACAGAGUCAACCGCUUAUGUUGUCGAAUAGGAAGCGGUGGGGAAAUGGACGAUAUAUUUCCCCUCGCAGCAGCUAUUCCGACAACGUCAUCGCCACUUGCAAGCCGGGUAGCAGGCUCAUACGAGGAGCUGGUUAGCAGCCUAAUGCCCGUGGAGCGACGAUAUGAUGUACUCCACAUAUCGGAGCGAUCGGGCUACUCAACUCCUGCGUCUUCGCGACCCGUAACAAGUCAGGGUGCCGCCAGCGACAUUGCAGACCCAGGUGGCACAGACGCGUUUGAUACCUUCACUCAAGAGAUGAUAAAUGCAAAGAUUUCCCGAAUACCAUGGCUACGCCAUGCGGAGGCUUUUUCCAGGUUGAGUCUGUGCGAGGGCUACGAUGGUGAAGUUGUGCGUGUGGAUUGGAAAGACGGGGAGAACUUCACGCUUGUGUCAUCGCCCCAUAAACACAGGAACUCUACACCAGGCCUUCGGCGCAGUCGUGUGUCGGAUGGCCUGUCAGUUAUGGGGCAGCUAGCUCUGUUUGCUGAGCCACUCAGUGGUGUCGACGCGGGAUCCAAAUCAAUGUCUGAGUUGCUGGAGGCAAGGUUAUUGGAGGUGUCGCAGAGCCCGAUGGCAUCGUCAUUAACUGAGAAAUCACGGACCACGGAGUGCGUUAUCACUUUGGAAGCGAAUCGGACUGCGAAACGACAGGAAAUGGAAGGGGAGGCUGAUAAAGAGUGCGAAAAUUCAGGAGGACCGCAUAUGUUAGUCGGUCGCUGCCGAGGAUAUUCUACACAAACCUUAGAGGCCAUCCUGCGCAAAAAGAUAUACUUCAGUUACUUGCGUCGGCAGCGCAAACUUAGGGCAGUGCGCGAAGCCCAGAAAGCCCGUGAAGAAGAAAGCAAGCGGCUACGUGCAGAGUUGAACGAGCUGUAUGCAAGGUCUUACACCGAGAAAUGUCGCCAUAUGUUUGCUCAAGGGGGCAGCAGCCGCGCUGAUCAAUUUCCUUACCCUCCUGAUGAACUGCAAAUGACGCGGGCACCGUGCCAGCUGGCCCAAGUAACGGGGCUAAGGUUUGAGUCGGGGAACUUUUCACACGAUUCCACAGCUGUUACGAAAACCAUCGAUAAAUUGGCGGAACUUUCAUGUUGUAAGCCGCACCGCCCAGAAAGUACGGUACUUCAACCGAGCAAGCUCGCGGCGGAGAUUGUUCGCAUGGCGGCAGAUGCCGCUGCUGUGGCCGCCCGCCGCGCCGAGUUCGCGGCGCACCCGCCCUUGAGGUUGGAUUUUCGGAACUCGGACGGAAGGAGCAUGAGCUGUAGUUAUAGCAGCUCGGUAGGGGACCCAAGCCGAGGAAUGAAUACGGCGAUAUACACCAUACCAAUAUCUCUUUACAUAGUACGGAGCGACAUUGAUGUCUCUUGCAGCAGAACGUCCAUUGUGUCAGACGUGUGCGAUGGUUUACUUGCACUUCCGAUGAGUGUUGCUCUGAAGCCCAUCCGUCGGCGCACACGGCUUAGAGGCAUCGUUUGGAGAGUGAAGGAAGCGCUAAAGGCCAAUGGUCUUGACCACGUCCUGUUGUUUCCACUUGAUAUUGAUGAUGACGAACAAGUAGGCGCUGAGGAACUUUCCCUUCGCUACGUGGAUAGCGCUGGGGAUGCGGUCGUGGUGUCAGAACCCUCUGACUGGCGGUAUACCCUGCGGGACUGGCGUAAAAACAUGAAUCAGUCCUGGCUACAACUAUGGAUGGCUAUGUCAUAA